AUGGGACUAGCGGUUGCCCCGUUUGUACCCGUGAAGACAACAUCCGAUGCUGUGAAAGAGAUGGCCCCCGCUCUAACGGAGCCACUUAGCCAAAGCAAGUUGUCCUCAUCUGCUGCUUCCGGUGCCUCACCGAGGACGAGCAGCAGCACAACGGCAACGGCCACCGUUACCGAUACACUCGGUGGUACCACAAUCAUCCCUUCUCCGGAGAAUGUGCACUCCGAAUCACAUGAUCAGUCGUCCUUGUUGGCAGAGCUCGUAACAGGACAAGAGCAUGACCUCCAAGUCGCUUCGGAGCAGGAAAUCCAUGCGAUCAGUGAGUGUGACGCUACUGUAACGGUGGCCACUACAACAUCCGAGCAUCACGGAAGUGGGGAUAUCUCAAUGAGUUCCGAAACUGGAAUUGUAUCCACGACGGUGGAUGACAUACAGAACAACAACAAUGGUGUUCAAGGGCUGAAACUGGAAGUCGAUCCUAGCCGAGACUUGAUCGAAUUGGCCCUCGAGCAGCUACAUCACGACGCAUCUAUGGGUGGAGGAGGAGAAAGCUGUGAAGUACCGGCGAUGCCGGCCACCAAUGUGGCGAACAUGGACGUCUCUUCGUCUUCGCCCAUGCCAGGCAACAUGUUGCACCUUCAAGAACAGUCGCAGGGAGAUUUGAUGUCAUUAGCUAUUCCUCCGGCGCAAGGUACCUUACCUCAAGGAUCGCUUUUUCAAGAUUCGCACCAGCAACAACUGCACCCUCAGUAUCAACAACAGAUGCCAUUGACGCCGGGAGGAAUGAUGGCGGUGCCUCUGGCCCAAGAUUCGUCCCAGUCGUCGUCCUCUCUUGGUGGUGCUGGCGUCAGCGGAUCUAGUGAGCUGGGAAUGCAGUUGAAGGAGAGCUCUGACAUGGAUCAAAUGAUCCGCGAGCUUUCCACGUCCGACAUAGACAUUAUGCAAGUGUUGAGAAGUUUCGACAACAACAGCUUGCUGCUCUUCAGCGAUGCCGACGUGGCGAAUCUGUGCGAUGUACCGGUGGGCGAUGGCAGCCAGCCGCAAACAUCACCGAACAAGGACCGCGAGAGAUUGGAACAGCACGCGGAGAUUGUUAAGUUGCAGGCGCUAAUGCAACGGAAGCAGGAUUUCCUGGCACGUCGUCUCAGUAAGAUUAAAGCUCGAUACAUGGGUCAACAUGUGAGCGAAGAGAUUGCAGGGCUGUACGAAUACACGCUGCGAUAUUGGAAGAAAUGUGAAAAGGAAAACGCCAAGCAAAUGCACAAUAACAACAGUAGAGCAGGAGGAAAUAUACAUUACGGGACGUCUACACUUGCCGGUGAUAGCGGAUGCUGGCCUGAUAUCAUUCCGUUUCAGGCUCCUCCGCCGGAUCAGACGCCAGAAAAGCUGAAACCUAUAUCGGCCAACGCGCUGAAGACGUUCUCCAAGCGGCUUGAAUCGAUAUCCAACACGAUCUGUUCCGUGCAGAGCCAUCGAGUGAUGAACAAUCGCUAUUUCCAUGGCGUGAGCAACGCUCCAGCAGCAGGAACAUCCCGGUCAGUAUCGUCGAUGACCAGCGGAACCAGUGGGUGGACGGGCUCGGAAAAAUCGAAGGAGUUUGCAAAUAUCUCCAACACGAUCCCGAUGUUUGAGCAACCGGCAACCCAAGAGCUGGAGCAGACUGCCGGAAUGCUGUAUGCCGAGCUGAGACAGGUUCAAGAAACCAUCGAUUCGGAUGCUACGCUUAGCAGUUCCGGCGGGGAAUCGGCCGAUGAAUCAAUGCCGUAUGUGAAUGCCUUACAGGAACCACUCGCAAUCACGGAGCGAGCCGCGUGGAAAUGGGCAAAUAAUCGCGCGGCUGUGGCGAGCAGGUGGACCUGGGUGGUGGCGCGAAUAGCGGACCUGGAAUAUCGCAUCCGGCAACAUAACGAGGUGCUAAACAAAAUCCGAAUCAACAAAGGCCCCAUCACACUUGAAGGGUUGUCUGAAAUCCCGGAAGUGAAUGGCUAUCGAGGUCCUCUUCCCGGCAGCAGCAAAGCACCAAUCUCCGAAGCUACAGACGCGGAGACUGGUGACGACGACGCUAAUGUCGUGUCCGGAUGCUGCCGAACGAGACCUUACUGUCGAGAGAAGUUCCGAAAACGGCGGCUGCUGCAAACGCACAAUCUGCACACGGUCUCGAAAAAAGCGGCCAAGUCAAGCAACAUCAAAUGUGGCUGCCAAUGGCCCCUUCUACCGUGUGCCCUUUGCACUGGUCGGCCAGAUCCGACAGCACCACGAGAUCCGGCCGAUACGAUGACAUUCUCGGAACGCGUCGCCCUACUUGAUGCCAGCUAUCAUCCGGUGUUAAGUUUUCCAGAAGACAUUUCGCACAGCAUACACCUGGAGGCGAUUAUGCGAACCCCGGAGUGGCAGAGCAAAAUGAUCCGCUCGAACGCAACAACCGCUUCCACGGACUCGGCGACAGGAGCGGUUUCGCGUGGACAUCAUCACCAUUCCGCGGCGUUCUUUUCAUCCGGUGACGAAACAGCGCCGUCCUCGCACGGUAAGCGCUAUGCCAGUUCCGACGGCAAGCGGAAGUAUGGUGCCAUGACCAGCAACAAGUACAAGAGCAUCGAUCGCUCCAUGGGCGGCGAUAGUAGCAACAAAUAUAAAAGAGCCAAAUCAAGGCGGGAUGUGAUUCUGCCGAAUAACCGAAGAUCUGGACCGGGUUACCCAAUAGAUGGUUCGCGUUCGGGUCCAAACGGGCACAACAAAAAUCAUCGCACAUUGAGCAAAUCGAGAAAGUCUUCACAUAGUUAUGACUACUACGAUGGCCAUGAGGGCGGCGUAAGCCGAAGUAAAAAUUCAUCACCAACGCCCAACACCCGUAACGAAAGGAGGCAUCGCAACAAUUCGUACGACAUCGGCAGUAUCGUCAUUCCUCAGAGUAUGGCAGCCUCAACUAGGGUAUCGUUACCACAAUAUAAGGACAUAACUAUACCAAAAUGGCGGAUUGUGGACGAAAAGGACGAUGCAGUCGAUGAAAUGGAACAUACGAGUGAAAUGUCUGGUGCAGGCUUGUCGUUGAUUGAGGCUAAAGAAAAUCCAAUGGGUAAACCUUCGUCGAAGACCGACCCGUUCCAUCCCCCGAAUGGUACAAAAACGACGACAUCGAUUGCGAUUCCUUCCACCUCUGGUUAUACUGAAAAUUCGCAGCAACAGCAACAAUUGAUUGUGAUACCGGCGCAAGACGAGGAAGACAUUUCAGAGGAAGCGAUCAUGCUGAAACAUGAGCGCGCUCUGCAAGAGGAGCGGAAAAAAUUCCGAUCAUAUCUGAAGUUCCCUUGGAGUCGGCCUCGAGCAAAGAGGCGCACUGAGAGCCGGGCUGGUUCCAGUGGAGGCAACACACCAGAUCCAACCUCGCCUGCACCGCCGACACCUAUGAUUGAGCAUGAUUCGUCGCCUGCUUGCCCGUCUACACCAAUAACUUCUCAGGAUGGACAGGAGCUCUCUGAAGCAAACGUUAUGAAUGCCCUUAAUAAGAGCCUUUAUAAAAAGGAACGGCGUCGAACAGUAUCGUCGAAACGAGAAGAUCAACAAGCACAAGGAGCAGGCACCAUUACGCCAGAUACACGUGAGAUUGUUUCACCGUAUGAAACACUGGAGUUCCCACUGGCAAACGAUAUUUUCGAGGGUAUGCUCCGGGCGAUGCCCAGCGACCACAUUGCGCUGGCGAAUGAUUGUCUCAGCAAGCUGACAGGCCGCAACGGUUUGCCGUACCGUAGAAAACCGGCAAGAAACAAUAAUAUUAUGCUAAGGGUUAAGUCAACCAUUAAUCUGGCUCCAGCCAGCUUGGGAAUUGGCACCCAAAAUCCGCUUAGCUCGAACGCAUCGACCGCGACAACGGUGUCGGCAACCGAGACGGACUUGGAGGAUUUCGAUGACGAAGAUCUGAUGCUCGCAAAGCGGACGGAAAAUCAACUCAUCAUGGAGCGGCUGCUGAACAGCCGGAGCGAGUCACAGCAGUACGAAAUAGUGCCACCCUCGGCAAAGCCUAUGUUGGAUGACGACGAAGAUGUAAUCGAUGACGAAGAAACAGACACCGGCGAAUCGCUGUUCGUCGAAGAGGACGACCCCAAUGAUCCCGAGUGGAAUGAUCGUUCUGCUGGAAGGUCCACCGGUGGAGCAGCCAGUGGCUUCGGUAGUGGCAGAGGAUAA